CCUCUCGCUCCCGUUCACUCUCACUAAGCAGUAGCAGCUCUCUCUCUCCAUCUCUUCCACUGGUUUAAUUCCUAUCUACAGCUAGCUAGCUAGCUAUCUCUCUGUGUCGAUUUGUUUCUAUGGCUCUCUCUGGGUUUGAAGGCUUUGAGAAACGCCUAGAGCUCCAUUUCUCAGGCGACGACCCGGUGACUGAAGGUAUCGGACUCCGGCAGAUCGACAUGGAAUCGCUAGAAGAAGUGCUCGACGCCGUGCAAUGCACUGUUGUAUCGGCGGUCGGAAACAGAUACUUCGACGCCUAUGUGUUGUCCGAAUCCAGCCUCUUUGUGUACCCAACCAAGAUCAUCAUCAAGACAUGUGGGACUACGCAGCUCCUGAAAUCAAUCCCUCCAUUAUUGUCCCACGCUCGUGACAUGGGCCUGGGGCUGUGUGGGUGUAGGUACACCAGAGGCAACUUUAUAUUCCCCAAAGCUCAGCCUUACCCCCACACCAGCUUCAGAGAGGAAGUGAUGUACUUAGAGCAGAGUUUGCCUAAUAACCUUUGUUACAGAAAAGCUUGUGUUAUGCCUUCAAAGGUGUCAUCACACUCGUGGCAUGUCUAUUCGGCCAGUGAUGAACGCCACAUGGUGUUAGAGAACAUGUCCAAUGUGUUCACCAUAGAGGUUUGCAUGACGGAGCUCGACCGUGUGCUGGCACGUAAAUUCUACCGGCGGCCCGGAGAUGCUAACUCCGGCGACGUGGCUGGGAAGGAGAUGACGGAAUUGACGGGUAUCGGUAACAUCAACUCGCAUGCGCUUGUGUGCGAUUUCGCAUUCGACCCAUGUGGGUACUCCAUGAAUGGCAUAGAUGGCCCCCAGUAUUCGACGAUACACGUUACCCCGGAGGAUGGGUUCAGCUACGCGAGCUUCGAGUGUGUGGGCUUCACCGACGACCACGACGAUAUCGGUGAGGUGUUGAAGAAGGUGGUGCAAGUGUUCCGGCCGGCGAUGAUGUCAGUGUCAACUACUUGCGUGAGCCAAGACGUAUGGACGUGUGUAGCCAAGACGCUGGAGCCACUUGGGUUGAAUUGCCGGAGUAGCAUGAUCGAUGAAUUCCCGGCUGCAGGGAAUGUUGUGUUCCAAACAUUUACGACUCGCCGGAAAUAGCCG